UCCCCGGAUAUUCAACCUUCAUUUUGUCAUUUUGAGCAAACUGUGCACUGAUACAAACUUUUCAAAAUAUUGUUCUCUUGGGAGGAUGUUUGGACCGGGAUUGGACGGAAACAGACCGCGAUGUGCUCCAUUUUGGGAUGACUUCUUCGCCUGUGUAGUGAAGAAUGGCCGUAAUGAGCAGUGGGCACUCUGCAAAGAACAGAGGGAAGACUUUAUGGAGUGUCUACAUCACAAGAAACUGUACACAAGGGUUCAAAAGAUCAAGAGGCAGAAAGAAAAGCUGAUAAAAGCUGGAAAAUGGCCACCUAAGGAGGAAAGUGCAUAAAAUUCUAGACUGAACAUUUAGGAAUUGUUUUGUACAGUGGACUAUCAGCGAAGUAUCAGCUAAACUUGACAUUUGUCCUGAGAGAUUUCUUUAAAAGAUAAAAGCAGAAAUUGAGCACUUAUUUUGUAAUCAAGGUGUUCAGGGUGAAAGAUUGUUAAUGUGAAUGUGAAUGUAAGGAUAAGAAACUGACUCGGGUUGUUGAGAUAAGAGGUAAUGAUAUUAUCAUGCAACAAGUUUGAGAACCAGGCAGGUGUUUUGUGUAUAGUAAUAAAAACUAUAUUGUUUUCCACUGCCCUCUUUGUUUAUUGGUUUGCUAGUUCCUUCACUGUACCUUCCCUUGAAUGCAGUA